UGACAGCAAGAUCAACACACGGUCCGUUCGGCUGUUGGACCACCUAUCUGACAGCAAGAUCAACACACGGUCCGUUCGGCUGUUGGACCACCUAUCUGACAGCAAGAUCACCACACGGUCCGUUAUGCUGUUGGAACACCUAUCUAACAGCAAGAUCACCACACGGUCCCUUAGGCUGUUGGACCACCUAUCAAACAGCAAGAUCAACACACGGUCCGUUAUGCUGUUGGACCACCUAUCUAACAGCAAGAUCACCACACGGUCCGUUAGGCUGUUUGACCACCUAUCUGACAGCAAGAUCAACACACUGCCCGUUAGGCUGUUGGACUACCUUUCUAACAGCGAAAUUAGACUAUCAAUAUGAAAUGAAAACUAUUGAGGGCAAAAGCAGAUUUUUUAGUCAAGACAAAUAGAACUUAAGGCUAUUGACAAAGAAGUAACAAUGAAGCAUGUUAGCGCAAGGUUAUACAAUUUUCACUUCAAUGUUAGAAUUACAGUUGAAAUAAUCAUAUUCAAGAAAUUUGUAAAUUUUUAAUUGCGUCUGGUGAAUAUUCAAAGACUAAAUUAAUUUCAAACGUAUACAAUGCAAUAAUGUUUUUAACUUUGCAUCUUAAAGAAUUGUACAUUAGGAUUCAAAAAUCAAUUAAGUCAGAUUUAAUCAGGACUGACAUUGGUGCACAUCAC